AUGAUUCGGCUCCCGGUAGCCCGCGGACCUGGUUUGAGACCCCGCCUAGUUCACCGUCUAGGUUUACAGCGGGAUCAGAGAUUACAACUCCGGGGAGUAUUGGUAGGAUCUAAAUCUGCUCUCACCAAGACUCUGACUAACCUGGAUAUAUUAGGAGUGGACGAAUAUUGUAUCUCUCCCUUUAAUUCUUCUUUCACCGAGACCCAGCUCUACUCGCCUCCUCGGGCUGGACGAUGGCAGGCCACCAGGCCAAAGCAGCCGCAGGAUAACUCUGCCUCCGGUAUCCAGAAAAGAAGAAAAGCAUUCCUUGAUCAUAUCCGGGAUGUCAUUCUGCCACUGCUGAGUGAAAACAACGUCUUCGAUCAUCAGUCUGAGGAAGAUAUUACCGGCGAUGUCGAAGUCAGACCUUACUCGUCAGUUGGUUUGCAGCCGGCCGGUCUUCAAGGUAGCCUUAAACCUUACCAACUGGAAGGACUAUCCUGGCUAUUGUAUCUCCGUCGUAACGGCAUCGGUGGUAUUCUUGCCGACGAUAUGGGCUUGGGCAAGACUCUGCAAACCCUUUCUUUAUUUCAGUACGUUAAAGACAAAGAGCGGGGAGAACACAAGUUCCUAGUUGUCUGCCCACUAAGUGUUUUGGAUACUUGGAUGUCCGAGAUUUCUAAGUGGAGCACCGGGUUUACACCAUUGGCAUAUCAUGGAACGAGCCAUGAUAGACAAAACCUGAGAGAAACUUUCAGCCAGCCAGAAGGUGAUCCCGCAAACAUUGUCGUUACGUCUUACGAGACCGUCUGUAACGACUUGCUGUUCUUCAAGAAAACGACUUGGGCUUAUGUUGUCCUAGAUGAAGGACAUCGCAUCAAGAAUAGUAAAUCUAAGAGAACGCAAGGAAUCUACAAGCUUCGAACAGACUAUAAGCUUGUACUAACUGGCACUCCAAUACAGAACGACCUGACUGAGCUCUGGUCUAUUUUACACUGGCUCUACCCAGACGUUUUCGUUCCUUCGACAGCGGAACGGUUUGAAGACUCGUUUUCUCUAAAAGAGGGGAGGUUUAACAGCAGCUUUGUUGCCAACGUUACACGCUUCUUGAAGAUAGUUAUGUUACGGAGAACGAAAACAUCUCCGGAGAUUGGCCUGGACAUUCCGACCAAGAAGGAAAGUAUCCUCUCUGUGCCACUGACAGAAUUCCAGCUUGGCUGGUAUCAUAAAAUCCUCACAGGGGUGGAGAAAUCGAUUCUCCUGGGCGAAAGCUCACCUAAUUUUGAAAACUUCGUAGACCUAACGACAGAUGAGUGGGAGCGUCCUGGGGCUGGGAAUGCUAAACGCAAAAGCCGCAUUACUACCAACACCUUGAUGGAAUUAAGGAAGUGCUCAAUUCACCCCUACCUUCUGGUCGAUGCAAUCCCUGAAGAGUGCGAAGAUGGAAGACAUCUCAUUGAGAGCUCCGGGAAGUUUAUCAUCCUCGAAAGGAUGAUUCGUCAGUUUGUCAUUGUCGAGCAGAGAAAAAUCAUCAUCUUUUCGGGUUUCGACCAAGCUUUAAAUCUGUGUGAAGAUGUUCUGGGUAUGGAAGAAUUCAAAUCAUUCAAACAUGUCCGGCUGGACGGCAGUACUUCUGCCCCAUGGAGGAACCUGUCCGUUUUCCUAUUCCAAAAUGAUCCCCGUUACAAAGUGUUCCUUCUGUCAACUCGAGCUGGCGGAGAGGGUUUGAAUUUAAUCAGUGCAUCAACCGUCAUCUUUCUUGAUGAUGACUGGAAUCCUCAAGUGAUGCGGCAGGCUGAAUCAAGAGUUCAUCGUAUUGGGCAAACCGAGCCAGUCAAUAUUAUUCGUCUUCACUCGAAGGGGACUGUUGAAGAUCAAAUACGCCGACGCCUAGCGAAAAAGGCGUACCUAGCCGAUAGAGUGAUGGAGGGUCUGGGCAACGACAUAUAUCACCCAAUCGACAUUGAUGAGACUUCAGAGUGUGAAAUUUCCUUAAUGCCAAAUAGCGCAAUAGUCCCGCGUGCGUUCGGUGCUACAGAAUUGGCGAAUUUAGAUCUCGAUUCCAUUAUGGACUCGUGUGCUCUUGACGAAAUCAAUGUGCAAGAGAUGUCAUUUUCUGAAAAGAAAGCACGGCUUGAAAGACCGGAAUCGGUGAAGACGAAUAUUUUCAACGGACAGAAGGUUGACACAAGUUCAAGGCGGUUCUCUGUCUAUGAAGACACCAUUCUUGAAGUGUCGAGGGCCUCACGCCGUAUUGGCAAGUCCCGGGUCGUGAUGAUAGGCGAGUGGGAAGUCUCAAAGGAGAGCAUAAUGUCUGUGACGAGCCCUACCAGGGCAACAUUUCCCAAGAUUGGACGAAAAGUAAAGAAAGAGAAUGAGACUGGCUGUUUUAUAUGCAACCGCCGUAAUCCGAUCAACUGCGAAAUCUGUACGCGAUCUUUCCACGAGCGAUGCCUUGACCGCAACGACUAUUGUUACAAUCUGAAGGGGACAAGAAUGAUAUGUCCUCAUCACUAUUGUUGUGACUGUGGGAAAUCUGCCACCCAGGCAGGUGGACUACUGUUCGGGUGUCUGAAAUGCCCACGGGCAUAUUGUGAAAACUGCUUGGAUUGGAAUAGCACAAGGUUCGUCGGGGGCAAUCCCGAAGCAGAGGCCCGGGGCUACUCGCCUCGAAACGCAUUUUUCAUCGAGUGUGGUGCUUGCGCAUCCGGAAGGAGGUCUUUGGGUACAGAGGUGGAGUUGAAGAAGCGCGCCAGGCGCUGCUGA